AACGUGCCGUCCCUUUCACGCAUCGCGAUGUGUUUCCGCAACUAAAAAACGCCAUUCUUGCGAUCUUCUUUUGUCCGUGACCAUUUUGAUCACACAUCAUAAGCAAGAUCUUUAAAAGAUCCAGCAGAUACACCUUGCAUAUACAACUGCAUUGUUUGUAUAUCGACUUCAUCUGGAGGGGAUCGUAGGAUCUUUGCCUAUUGUCGUGUGUAUACAACUGUCGCCUUCGGAGCCAGUACGCCAAGGGAUCGCGCCUGAACUUUGUUGAAAGUUUCGAUUUGGUUUUUUGCCCCCGUCGGAGCACGUUAACACCACACAUCUUCCCCAACAAAAAAAAACCACCAAACUUCAUCAAACAUGGCUGAAAUGGAGGAUACUCACUUCGAGGCCGCCGAUUCUGGCGCAUCCCAGACGUUCCCGAUGCAGUGCUCCGCGUUGCGCAAAAAUGGUCAUGUAAUGCUGAAGGGACGUCCCUGCAAGAUCGUCGAAAUGUCUACCUCUAAGACCGGCAAGCACGGACACGCCAAGGUACACAUGGUCGGUAUCGACAUCUUCACCGGCAAAAAGUAUGAAGAUAUUUGCCCCUCAACCCAUAACAUGGACGUUCCCAAUGUCAAGCGUGAAGACUAUCAGCUGACUGACAUCGACGAUGGCUUCUUAGUUCUAAUGGGUGACAACGGUGACCUGCGUGAAGAUUUGAAGAUUCCGGAUGGCGAUUUGGGCAUACAGUUGCGCUCCGAGUUUGAUUCCGGCAAAGAGAUUGUCUGUACCGUGUUGAAAUCCUGUGGCGAGGAAACUGUGAUUGCCAUCAAAAACAACACCUCAGGUGAUAAAAACUAAUACUUUGCCCGUUGCCUACAACUAUCCAUACAAGAGAGAACCACAGAUGUAAGCUAUCAGCAACAGUAGAAGAAACAGAAGCAGGAGCAGCAGCAGCAGCAGCAGCAGCAGCCGCAACAGCAACAGCAGCAGAGACAACACACAAUACUUUACUGCACAGUAAACGUCGUCACCACUCCAUCAUUGGCAACAGCAAGAACCAUCUCCGCGAUUUAAAGAAUAACAUCUUGGAAGAGUAUGUGAAAAAGGAUCAUGAGAUAGCAACGAUAAUAAGCACCGUUGAAAAUAUAAUAUCUACCACACAAAAGGGGAGACUGGAAACAAGUAUUUCAUUGAUAUCGCCUAAUUGAAAAAUCAAAGAAAAGCCAACACAUUCACAAUAACAUAAAAAGAAGAGGGAACACGUUUUGGAGAGCUUCCGGAUGGAUGAGCGGUGAACGGUGCUGGACAAACCGAAACCAUUAUUGCAUUUUUUUUAUUACAGCUAGUGCAGGAAUUAGAGAUGCAACAACUUAUGAACAAA